AUGUACGACCACCAUGAGGCCUUGAGUGGAAAGGGCGACGACGGACAGAAGCCCACGUACAUAGACUGGGCCGAGUACGAGGGGGAGCAUCCCUGGUCCUGGCCUGAGCGAAGCAAAUGGUUUGGCCUGGGCGUUGCCAUUCUCUUCAACUCAUCGACAGCAAUGAAUGCCACAGGCUACUCGACCACUACCGAGCAAGGCACCCGCGAAUUUGGGCUGGACGACAUUGAGUGGCUCACAGGCACUACGGCCUACAUGGUCCCUGUGGCCCUCGCCCCCCUCUUCCUCUCUCCGCUCUCUGAGGUCUUUGGACGACGCAAUCUCUGCCUCAUUACCAUCUUCAUCUACACGAUGAUGUAUCUCCCUCAAGCCCUGGCACCCAACUUCGCCUCCAUCAUCGUGGGCCGCAUCAUCCAAGGCGUGGCGGGGAGUGUGGGCAACACCAUGGUGGGAGGCUUCGUGGCUGACCUCUGGCCCAAGAGCAAGCGCUCCGUCCCCAUGAGCUUCUUCGUCCUGAUGGUGAUGACCUCACAAGGCAUCGGCUCGACCGCAUGCGCAUGGACGGUGCAGUACCAUAGCUGGCGGAUCAUCUUCUGGUGGCAGGCGGCCGUCGCUCUUGCUACCUUUGGAGUCAUGUGCAUCUGGCUGCCCGAAACCAGGGCAGAUGUGCUGUUGGCUUGGAAGGCGAAGAAGUUGACCAAGGAGACGGGCAGGACGCACUUUGCCAAGGGCCACGAUGAACACGUGAGCAUGCUGCAGACCAUCAAGCACAACUGCUCGAGGCCGGUCUUGUUCUUCACCACGGAGCCCAUCGUAACGUCGCUUUCGCUUUGGGGAGGCUUUGUAUGGGCCGUCGUCUUCCUCUCGCUCCGCGGCGUCAAGUACGUCUUUGCCCCCUACGGCCUCUCCGCGGCCCUCAAGUCCACGACACUCAUGGCCUACGCUGCUGGCGGUCUGCUCGGCUUCUUCUCCAACCUGCACGGCGCUCGCAUCUACAGUCGAGCCCUCGCCAAGGGUAAAGCCCGUCCCGAAACCCGCUUGAUCUGGUCCAUGCCCGCCGCGGUACUUACCGCGGCCGGCCUCUUCUGGAUGGGCUGGACGGCCAGGGAGAGUAUCAGUAUCGCCGUACCCAUCAUCGGAUUCAUCGGAUUCGCCUGGGGCAACUACAUCAUCUACACCUCGGUGCUCGUAUACUUGGCCGACUGCUUCGAGACGUACAGCAGUAGCGCUAUUGCCUGCCAGGCUCUGAUGCGUAAUGCCACUGCGGGCGUACUGGCCGUAGCGAGUGACCCGCUCUACUUGAACUUGGGAGUGGAUAAGGCGCACACCAUGUUGGGUGCUAUCGCGGCGGGUCUGGGCGCAGCGCCCUUUGUACUGUAUAUGUUCGGACCUCAGAUUCGGAAGCGAUCGAGGGUUUGCACUCGCUUGGCUAGGGAGGAGGAGGAGAAGAAGGCAGCUGAGCAGGGGGCGAAGCAGGUCGCCUAG